AUGGCCCACCACGACGCUGUUGGCGGCCCCGCCGACCUUAUCGACAACGGGGAGGGCGAGGUUAAUCGCGCUGAUCAGAAGGACCAAGAUGACGCCGCUUUGCUGCGCACCAUGGGCUACAAGCCGGUGCUCCACCGGACAUACAACUUGUUCGAGAACUUUGCGACCACAUUUGCUGCUCUUUACUUUGUCGGCGGUGUUCGCGUGACUUUCAGCACCGGUAUUGCUGCCGGUGGAAACCUGGCGUAUUGGACCAGUUAUGUAGUAACUAUGGUGUUCACAUUUAUUACUGCUGCUGUCAUUGCUGAGGUCUGUUCGGCUUCUCCGUCCGCCGGCUCGAUCUACUUGUGGGCCGCCGAAGCGGGUGGGCCCCGAUUUGGUCGACUUCUCGGCUUUAUCGUUGCUUGGUGGAGCACGACGGCUUGGACGACUUUCUGUGCAAGCAACACCCAAGCUGCGGUUAACUAUAUGCUUUCGGAAAUCACGGUUUUCGAACUCGAUUUUCCGUCGGACGUGAGCGAUGUCAAAUUCCGCGCUGUCCAGUGGAUCUGCACUGAGGUCCUGCUUGCUCUGGCGGCUCUGUUGAACUUUUUGCCUCCCCGAUACUUCAAAUAUGUGUUCUGGUUCUCCGCUGCAGUCGUGAUGCUGGACUUCUUCUUGAACCUGAUUUGGCUGCCCAUUGGCACCGCUCAGACAUGGGGCUUCCGUUCUACUCAUGAGGCGUUCAUGACCACCUACAAUGGUACCGGAGCUCCAGCUGGCUGGAACUGGUGUCUUUCUUACCUUGCUACUGCCGGUAUCCUGAUUGGCUUCGAUGCAUCUGGUCACGUUGCGGAGGAGACCAAGAAUGCUUCCAUCACUGCCGCUCGUGGUAUCUUCUGGAGUACUGUAGCAAGUGGAUUUGGUGGUCUGUUUACGAUCAUUCUCUUCUUGUUUUGCGCGCCUGACGCCGACACACUUUUCAGCUUCGGCUCACCUCAGCCUUUCGUACCUCUUUACGCCGUCGUCUUGGGCAAGGGCGGCCAUAUCUUCAUGAACUUCGUUUGCAUCUUCGCUUUGUGGCUGAACACCGCAAUUGCCAUCAUCGCCGCGUCUCGUCUCGUUUUCGCCGUGGCCCGUGAUGGCGUACUCCCCUUCUCCGGCUGGGUCUCUCGCGUCAAUAACGGCCAGCCUCGCAACGCAGUGAUCGUUGUCUGGGCCGUUGCCGCCUUGGUCACCUGCACCAUCCUUCCGUCCAGUGUCGCUUUCACUUCUCUUGUCUCGGCAGCCGGUGUUCCCAGCGCUGCUGCAUACGGUCUGAUCUGCCUAGCCCGACUCAUCUGCACUCCAAAACGGUUCCCAAAGCCACAGUGGAGUCUCGGCCGCUGGAGUAAGCCGUUCCAGUUCAUCGGUGUCUUCUGGAAUGGCUGGGUAGUUGCCAUUCUGUUCUCGCCCUAUGCGUUCCCGGUCACUGGAGAAAACUUAAACUAUGCGCCGAUCAUCAUGGCGGGUGUCACGGUCUUGGCUUUGAUCUCCUACUUCCUCAUGCCUGAGAGUGCAUGGCUUCCUCGAGACCGCAUCAGUCACUUCAUUGAUAGCAAGGGUGCUGUUGAGACUGUGGAGGAAGUACAGUCCACUGACGGUGAACCGAGCACUCGGUGA